UCCUGCCACGGGAACCGCCCACUUUCUUGCACAAGUAAACUGUGUCGAGGCUGCUGUUGAUGGUCCUGCUAGAAGCAAACCCCCGGGACAGGCAGCUCACAUCUCGGCAGGCAGCCCACUCCCUCACUGGCAGGCCUGUCAGAGACAAAGGCUUUCUUGCCCCGGAACCAGAACCCAGCUACCGUCUCUGCUUCGGGUCCUGGAAGGAGCUCACAGCAUCCCUGCACCUCCGGCCAGAUCCCACCAGGUCCAGUAACAUCUCUAGGGAGGGCAGCCCAGAGUGUCAGGCAGCACCUCCCUGGACCCCUGGCACCGUGAUGCAGCCCAGCCCACCCAGCACCUGCCCCAGCUAUAAGGCCUCCAGAGAGGAGGGGCCCCCACUGCUCCCAGAGACGCCCCAAGAUGAAGACGGCCCUGCUGCUCCUCGUUGCGCUGGCUGUGACCGCUGGGCCAGCUCCACCAACUGUGAGAGAGCCCAGAACUGUGCGGCCGGCGCGCGCUACUGCAGGACCAGGACCAAGCUGGAGCCCCUGACGGGGAACCUGGUGGAGAAGGACUGCGUGGAGUCCUGCACGCCGACGCACAGCCUGCCCGGCCAGGUGAGCAGCGGGGCGGCUGCCACCCUGUGCUGUCAGGACGACCUGUGCAACCGCAGUCUACAGAGCAGCGCCCCAGCCCGCACCCUGCUGCCCGGCGCUGCCCUCGGCCUGGCGCUGGCCCUCGGCCUCCUCGCCCUCAUUGCGGUCCCCAGCCUGUGACCGCCCCGUCCCUCUCCCGGGGACUUCCGCGCACCGGCUCCCUUCCUCUCCCUGACCCGGGACUCCGCAGCCCCUCCAGAGCCAGCGCCCUGUGGGGAGGCUGGGAUGCCCCGGGCUGGGCUGGGACUGCCUCGGAGGGUCUGGGGCCCCCUCCCCCAAGACAAGAGAUGUAUUUCCCUGAACAGCAGGAAGGCCGGAGACAGAAGGCAUUCUGACCCCUUCUGAUCUGACAUUCAUUCUGUUGGGUUUCCGUUUAUUUUUCUACUUACAUGGGAAUAAAUGCCUGAAAAUCA